AUGUCAUCUGAAUCAAAAUUUUCUGCAGCUAAGGGCACAUUGGUGAUCUCCUAUGUUCUCUCUGUUAUAGGAGUAUUCUAUUACUUUAUAUUUGGCCACUUUGGAAGUCAUUAUAGGACUCCUUUCACAUCUUCCUUAGUAUUUGUAUUGAUUUACUGGGUCCUUACUUUGAUAUUGCAAUCGCUAUUCAUUGUAAAGGUAUUCUUUAACACCAAUGUGUCUUCCAACAACCAAGCUAACAUCCUUGCCCUUGUUGGACCUCAUUUUUCUGUUAACAAUGUGCUCAACUUCUUCUGGUGCUAUUAUUUCGCUCAGGAAAAGUUCGUCAUCUCGGAGAUCAUUCUUUUGGUCAACUUGGUCAAUAUAUUGGCUCUCUAUUUCACCCACAAGACUGUUUCUAUCAAGAAUGUUUCCGAUUGGUUAGUGGUGCAUUUCCCUGUUACCGGAUUGCCAUUAUCAUGGACACUUUAUGCCGUCUUCUGGAACGGUGCUUGUAUGUUCCACUCUCAUUACAAGUCACUAGCUCCAAGAUUAUUGGCUAAUAUAUUCAUUUGGGAAUUCUUCCUUACUCCUGUUUCUUUGUUGAUUCUUUACAAAGACUGGUCCGUUUCAUUAUCAACCAGUUUCUUGAUGUUGGGACUUGGCUUGAGUCAACUGUUCUCCAAAACCGUUGCUUUGCAAUGGAUCUUUGCCUUGGUUAUUUCUGGUAUUGACUUUGUUGCCUCUGUGUUGACAAUGGUUGGCACUUCUUUGACUUCUGUCAAUACAGAAACCUCUUCCAAUGAGCAGGCCCCAUUAUUGGCUUAA